AUCUGGAUUUGCCUCCUCUCAUCAGCAGCACUCAGCAGAGAGAGGAAGAGCAAAGAAGAGAGGGAAACGACCUGAGAAGUAGGGACUAGCUUGUCGUGGCAUCCUCGUCUCUUACACAGAAUCAAUUCGGAAGAAAAAUAAAUCCACCCUCUCAUCCUCGCGCGCGCGGACAUCUGUGUUUCCAUUUCCUGACAGUCUUUCUUCCCUUUCUCGUUUGAUCCUGCCUUCUUUUGCCUCGGAUAUUAUGAGCUCCAGCUUGCUAGAAAACCCAGUGCAGGCGAUUCUGUACCUGCGGGAGCUUACAACCAUCGUCCAGAACCAGCAGAGUCUCAUCCAGACCCAGCGCGCCCGGAUAGAGGAGCUGGACCGGCGCGUAGACGAGCUCCUCGGAGAGAACAGGCACCUGCGGGACGUCAGAGUACAGCAGCAGCAUCCAUACCUCCACCACCAUCACCACCAUCAUCUCCCGGACCCCACCUACCUCCACCAUCACCACCAUCAGGAUCCCCAACCGAAGAACAGCGGAGCGGUUCUUCCAGACCAUGCCCCCGCAGCACCCGCACAGGUCGAGGCGCCCCCGGGAAUCCAGCCGCCGCCUGCUAAGCCCAUGGACCCGGGGGACAUGCAGCUGGUCCCCGCAGACCCGUCCACGAUUUCCCCCGUGGAAAGUGAGACGGAAAACGGGGGAAGUUGCGCCAGCUGCCGCUCUCUGGUUCCGAUGACCCCAGCUACCCUCUGCCGGUCCCUGACUCUGGCCCGGAAAUCCGAGAGUGAGACCGUGCUGCACCAGUUUUGCUGCCCAGCCCCCGAACACCCAGAAGCGGACGCCACCAGCUCGUCCGGCGGACAGAUGCUGAGCCUGGAGGACAGGACGUCCUCUAGCGGAGGAAAGGAGGUGGAGGGAAUCAAGAGGGAAGGGCCCAGCGAAUACGAGAUCAGCCUGGAGAACAAAAACAAACAGAUAGAGGAGUUAGAGCAGAAAUACGGAGGCCACAUCAUCGCAAGAAGGGCCGCCCGCCGCAUCCAGACGGCCUUCCGCCAGUACCAACUCAGCAAGAACUUCCAGAAGAUCCGGAACUCGCUAUCGGAGAGCAAGCUGCCCCGCCGGAUCUCCCUGCGCCACCCCAGCCCGUCGGGUCGCAGCAGAAAUGCAGCUCAGAGACACAGCUACACCCUCCACCCGGGAGGAGGGCAGAUCCCGUUACGCUCCAAAACUCCCCCUCCGCCUCCAUGCCGCUCCACCUCUCUGCCCCCGUCCCCCGCCUCCACCACGACAAACACUUCCACGUCUUCGACUCAAGGCCAGGCUCCACCUCAAACCCCCGGGCCGACUCUCACACAGCUGGAAGACUGCUUCUCUGAACAGCUUCACUCGUUGGCGCAGUCCAUUGAUGAUGCGCUUCGUGGUUGGAGCUUGUCAGAGAGCGGCGAGGGAAAGGGAUUGCUGAUGGACCCCGGGGCCCUUCGUGCAGCUGCCGAGAGCGCUUGUUUGCCUCGCAGUGCUAGUUCUCUGCUCAUGGCCUUCAGGGAUGUAACUGUUCACAUUGACAGCAAUAGCUCCUACACCAUCUCCUCCACCACCACCACCACCACCACCUCGCUGGGGAACGCCAGCGGUGGAGAACCUGGCAGCAGGAAGACCUCUGUUAGCGGGAUGGCUGGGGGAGGAGACGGACAGUCGAUGGAGGAGCCGGAGUUUCCCGCACCCCCUCCCAGUGAGGAGCUGGAAAUGGCCGAUCCGGGAUCCAGGAGGGGGUCUGCGGUGCCCUCUGCAGACCGUGCGGGAAUGGAGGGGGAGAGCAGCUCGGACAGAGUAGAGUCCACCUCCACUUCUACCUCUACUUCAACUUCCAUCUCCACCUCGGUGCAGUCCGAUCAGCAGCCGGGACAGGUUUACACCCAGUACCAACAGUACCACUACACCCACCCUCAGCAGAUCGCCGGGGGGCCAAGUCCUGACGCUGUGCAAGCUUUGGUGGUUUCUCUGCCACGGGACCGCUGCCAGGACCCAACCACCUGCCGCUCACCGACCCUGUCCACCGACACUCACAGAAAACGCCUCUACCGGAUCGGACUCAACCUUUUCAAUGUGAACCCAGAGAGAGGCAUCCACUUCCUGAUCACACGUGGGUUUGUCCCAGACACGGCCAUCGGAGUGGCCCACUUCCUGCUGCAGAGGAAGGGUCUGAGCCGACAGAUGAUUGGAGAGUUCUUGGGGAACAGCAAGCUGCAAUUCAACAGAGAUGUCCUGGACUGCGUUGUGGACGAGAUGGAUUUCUCCGGCAUGGAGCUUGACGAAGCGCUGAGAAAGUUCCAGGCUCAUGUUCGUGUUCAGGGAGAAGCACAAAAAGUGGAGAGACUCAUCGAAGCUUUUAGUCAGAGGUACUGCAUGUGUAAUCCCGACGUCGUUCAGCAGUUUCACAACCCGGACACCAUUUUCAUCUUGGCCUUCGCCGUGGUCCUCCUCAACACCGACAUGUACUCCCCCAAUAUCAAACCGCAUCGCAAGAUGGGCCUUGACGACUUCAUACGCAAUCUAAGAGGUGUGGAUGACGGAGCAGACAUCCCCAGGGAGAUGGUCGCAGGCAUUUAUGAAAGAAUUCAGCAGAGAGAGCUGCGCUCAAAUGAAGACCAUGUCACUUAUGUGAGCCGCGUGGAGCAGUCUAUCCUGGGCCUGAAAACGAUCCUUGCUGUGCCCCACAGACGCUUGGUUUGCUGCUGUCGUCUGUUCGAGGUCCCUGAUGCUAACAAACCUCACAAACAGAAACUGUCCCAGCUCCAGAGAGAGGUCUUCCUUUUUAAUGACCUGCUACUGAUCUUGAAGUUGUGUCCCAAAAAGAAAAGCUCAGCCUCUUACACCUUCUGUAAAGCUAUGGGGCUGCUGGGAAUGCAGUUUCACCUCUUCAGCAAUGAGUACUAUGCCCAUGGUAUCACCAUGAUGAGUCCAUUUACCUCAGAGAAGAAGCAGCUGGUGAGUUUCUGCUCUCCGAGCGGAGAGGAGCUCAGGAAGUUUGCAGAGGAGCUCAGAGAAGCCAUUGCAGAAGUCAAUGAGAUGGAGCAGAUCCACAUACAGUGGGAAUUGGAAAGGCAACAAGGCAUCCAGCCACACAGCUUACACACAAAUGGUGGACAAAUGGACAUGCACACAAUACACAGCUCCCCCUCAGGCCAGCAGGAUCCGUAUGAUAAAACCAGCAACAACAACACAGUAGAGGUGUCAAUUCACAACAGGCUGCAGACCUAUCAGCUGAGCCACCCCAGCAUUGAGCCCCCUCCCCUCGCCCUGACUGCGCCCCCCGCCCUGCUCAGCCCCGUCCAGCCCGGGGACCUCCGCCCAGAGACGCUCAUCCAAUGUCAGCAGAUCGUCAAGGUGAUCGUCGUGGACCAGAGUGGGCGGGGCCGGAUGGAGGCCUUCCUCAGCCAAGGCCCCGCCGCUCAUCAGCUCAUCCAGUCGGCCAUGUCGACGCCUGUCCGGGUCAGAGAGGGAGACGGGCCCCAACCCCCCUUACCGCCGCCGCCUCCUCCUUACAACCACCCUCACCAGUUCUGUCCACCCGACUCACCCAUGCCCCUUCACCACACCAUCCCCCUCACCCGGCGACGCAACUCCAGCGGCUCUCGCAGCAUUGUCUGAGCCAGGACCUUCACACCUGAACACUCUGAGCACAUUUUAAUACAAACCGCGUUGAGGCGGAGUCAGAAGAAGCAGCUCUGAUGCCACUUUAAAAGACUUCUGUUCCCGAGAUGUCAUCCGAUAACGGCCGUUUCCUCCCUCCUUUCAUCCAUUUUAACGUUCACUUUUAAAUGCCAGCGUCUGACAAAACGCUUCUGUGAGUGUGGACCGUGAACAGUGACAGAAAAAUCGACUUGAAGGGACACAGAGCUGGAAAACACUGAAGGACGCAGUUGUGCACAGUUUGCAUCAGGGCAACAGUUUUCACGUCUUUCAUCAUUUCGGCUCUCCUUUGUUAGGUGGUGCAUCGUGAGGAAUUAUUUCAGUGCAGCUAAUUAAUCUUUUUUUUUUCAUUCUGCAUAAUGUAAAAAAAAAAAAAAAAGUACGGUAACUUUUUUGGUUCUUUUCCUUUCUAGGGAACAAAUGAUUAGUAUGUGUGGAGCAGAUUAAAAUAACAGCCAUGUCGACCCUUUCAUGUGCAGUAACGUGAGCGCUUCUACUCACUAAAAACGUAAAGUCUGGGUGACAAUCAUGUUUCCAUUCUGUGUUCUGCUAAUCACGGGAGUGUUGCUCAGGAAGGACUGUGCUGCAAGUGUUUGUGUAUUUACCUCUGAGCUGCAAUAAGAGCAAAACGCUUCUGUUACUGUGUUAGCUUGCUUACUUGUGGGGUUGGUAUGUUAUUUGGACUAAAGGCCCCUCCAAAAAAAGAAAAAAAGAAAAAAAGAAAUACAUUUUGCACAAUUGCCCUUAUAUGUAAACUAAUGGGAAAGUUAUUUUUGGAUUGAGGCCACACGGAAAUAAGUAUAAAAAAAACGUUUAUUGACUUCAUUUCUGUGUUCAGUGUUGGCGGUACAGGCUUGAAUCAAUGCGUAGAGCAUCACACAGAAAGUCCUUUUUUUCAUUUUUUUCCUCCACAGAAUAUAUUGGACAUAUUGUAAAUAGAUAUAGAUUUAUUCUGAAAAAGUGAUUGCAUAGUGUGUGUAUCUACGUAUGUAUUUGUACAGAGAAAAAUCUAGUUUAAAGAAGAAAAAAAAAAAGAAAACUAUAAUUAUUAUAGCUACUAUUCACAAAGUAAUUUAGGGAGUGAACUAAACGCUACCGCCCCUAUAUGAGAGCCAGAAACAGGCAGCUUUUAUAGAAUAUACUCCAGUUGCCAUGGUAACAAGUCACUGACAUUACAACUGAUCAAAAUUCAUCAAUCGAUUACCGCAUUAUGUCAUUACGAAGCGACGACUGUGUCACCUGUGAAGGUGUGUAAAGGGCUAUGUUUUAUUGGUCAACACAGUAAACACACACCCAUACAUGACACACACACACACGUGCACACACUGACCUACACAACAUCUGCAUAGCUGCCAAAGCAACAAUAAACACACUUCCUGCUCGGCUUGUCCAGUCAGCAGUCCCACUUUAUUUACUCUAGACUAUAAACAGCAUGUUUUCUUUUGUUUACGUCCAGAACACGGGAGGAGCUUGAUCCUAUGCUUGUGCCAUCAUUGUGGGGCAUGUUGGGUUGAUUGAUGUCAUUUUCUUCUCUCCUUCUCUAUUUGCUCCUUGCUUCCUGCCCUUUUCCCCAUGUCUUCUCUGUGGUUGUCAUGGAGAUGCACCAAUCUGCAUUCUCGCCGGAGCACCUUCAUUUAAUCUUUGCACCCUCACAAUAUUUUAGAGAUGGAAAUUUCUUAAAGAGCAACAUAUUUAUUAAUGGAAUUUCUAAUUUUUUUUCUGUUUGAAGAGAAUAAAAGAAUAAAGUAGUUUUUACUCUCA